AUGUCUUUUAAUACCCCAUUUAGUGAAGAUUUAGAAAGAACAGCUACAAAUGAUUCCCAUAGAUACAAAGACUAUCCGGAAUUUGACAGUUUAUCCACAAGCAUAGAGAAGCAGUUACAUUAUAUCAAUUCGGAACUCUUAUCAUCUAUACGUCUGGAUUUAGCAAAAUUCGAAAAGGAUAAAACCGAUACUAGUUUGUCUGAAAGUUUAAGUGGCCAGUUUAGAAAAACCACCGAUGCAUUUAAAAAAGUGAAUAAGUUUGUUAAACUGUUGAAUGCAUCUAUAGUGACAACAGAACGAGAACACGAGGACGUGGAAACAAUAAACUAUCUCAAACAAAAGGAAGCGAUCCAAAUAAAACUAAUAAGAGACAGUUUGGCUAAUUUCAAUAAUUUUCAAAAGAGAUUUGAAUUAUGUCAAACGACCCAGUUGCCCGAAGACGGGACCAACUUACUGGAGACAGAACCUGGAUCCAUUCAACAACUGCAACAACAGGUUCAAAUCACUUAUGAGCCCAUUAAUGCUGAAGAGUUGGAACAACAAACAUUGCUUAUUCAAGAGCGUGAACGUGAAAUACAUCAAAUUCAACAGGACACACAAGAAAUUAAUGAUAUUUUCAGUAACUUGUCCUCCAUAGUGAAUGAACAACAAUUUCAAAUUGAUAGUAUUGAGAAUAAUAUUUUUAGUUAUAGUUCCAAUGCAAGAGAAGCAUCAAAUGAGCUUCGUAGGGCAGAAAGAUAUCAAAAAAGAUCUAGUGGAAGAUUGUUAUGUUGCUUCAUGAUACUUGUUGCUAUAGCAUCAUUUAUAAUUUUAAUAGGGUUGAUUUUUUAG